AGUCGAAAGUCCGAAUACUCCUGUUGAUAACAAUAUAGAGGAGCCAGAGGAAUCGGAUACAAAAGAUCAAACUGACAACUUCCAAAGCAGUGAUAUUUACAAAGUACAACCUAAGCGUGACAGAUCCCUUAAAUCCCUUGCGUUGAGUAUACUAAAAUAUCUCCCCGAAGAUAUUCUUCGUGAAGAACCAGACUUUUCAUCUAUUAAAUCCAAUGAUACUAUCCAGGAUUGUGAG